AUGUUUUCUCGACAGUUUAAACGAUUCUCGCUAGUUUUUUACCCAUUUAAGACCGUUAUCUUCUCCCAUCACGGCUCUUCUCCGAAGUGUGCACCGGCGCGACAAUACCCCUCGUCACCACCAUCUUUUCUUUGCUGCUAUUCCACAACUCGUCCCACUCCCAGUCGGUCAUACCCCGCAACCAUGUCUCCCAUGUAUACGGAAGAUAAGCUCAACGUCGAUCGGGUGGCCGUCAUCGGUGCCGGGCCGUGCGGGCUUGCAACUGCGAAGUACCUUUUGGCCGAGAAGAAGUUUUCCAACGUUCAGAUCUUUGAGCAGAGAGAUACUGUUGGCGGCGUGUGGACAUACAGCUCUCUUAAUGUAAUCGACAAUGACUUCAGCAUCCCUAGGACGCGGCCAACGAGAAAUCCGGACACGGCCAUUGCAGUUGAGGGCCAUGAGGCCAAGCAGUUUGUCUCACCCGUCUAUGACUUCUUGGAGACAAACAUUCCCCACACACUCAUGAACUACUCCGACAAGAAGUUCCCUUCAGAUGCUUCGCUUUUCCCUCCUCACCAGACAGUGAAGAAGUACCUAGAGGAUUAUGCUGAAGAGCUGAAGCCUAUUAUUUCACUCUCGACACAAGUGUUGUCGUUGAAAAAAGUACAAAGUGGGAAUAAAAUGUGCUGGGAAAUUGAGACGCGGGACCUGAAGUCAGAAGAGACUAGCAAGGCUCAAUUUGAUGCUGUCAUGGUGGCGAGUGGUCACUACAAUGAUCCUUUCAUUCCCGAUAUUCCGGGCCUCGCCGCUUUUGAUAAAGCGCAUCCAGGAACCAUCUCACAUUCCAAGUUCUACAGAAAUCCUGCUCAAUAUGAAGGAAAGAAAGUCAUUGUUGUGGGCAACUCGGCCUCUGGUAUCGACCUGAGCUCUCAGAUCUCAACUGUUGCCAAACUCCCCGUCAUUGUCUCCGAAAAGUCCACACCAAACACCCCUGCCGAAGACCGCUCACACUGGGCCAAAAUGGUGCCCGAGAUCCUCGAGUUCAUUCCCGAGGGCCGCAAAGUGCGCCUGGCAAAUGGCGACAUCGAAUCUGACGUCGACGGCGUCGUUUUCUGCACGGGAUACUUCUACAGUUUCCCCUUCCUCCGCGACCUCUCACCGCCUGUCAUCACUGACGGUGCUUACGCGCGCAAUCUCUACCAACAUCUGCUGUACAUUGAGGAUCCCACGCUAGCAUUUGCUGGCAUUCCGCAGCGCAUCGUGCCGUUCCCUGUCGCUGAAGGCCAGGGAGCGUGGGUUGCGCGCGCAUGGGCAGAUAGAUUGCGUUUGCCUAGCAGGAUUGAGAUGAGAGAGUGGGAGGCGCAGAUGCUCAAGGAGAAGGGGGAGAAUAAGCUCCUGCAUAACUUGGCAUUCCCUAAGGAUCUAGAGUACAUCAACAUGCUACACGCCCGCAGUCUUGAAGCUGACAAGAGACCCGGAUUGGAAAAUGAUGGCGUGGGUAAGAUUCCUCCUUUCUGGGACGAUGAGAAGAGGUGGACAAGAGAACGGUUUCCCCUCAUUAAGAUCGCAUCGCGAAAGUUGGGCGAUAAAAGACAUGAAGUCACGACACUAGAGGAGCUUGGUUUCAAUUAUAAAGAGUGGAAAGCCGGACUGACGAAGCCCAUGGAUAUGGAGGUUUUCGUCCUUGAAUUGGUCAAAAACAAGGACCCAAUCAAGUACCAGCCCGGAAAAGGCGGCGGAUUCGAGCGCACAGAAGCUCGGUUCCGUGACUUCAUUUCCAAGGACCCAAAUGCGAAGUUUCCCGCUGAAAAGGGCCGUUACGCCCUCUAUUGCCACAGGGUCAUGAUUGUUCGCGCUCUCAAGCGCCUGGAGGACUUCAUUGACCUAUAUAUUGUCGAUCUGGAUAUGGGUAAGGAUGGCUGGCAAUUCAACGACUCCCCCGAAGCCGCCAAGUUUGGUGUUCUACCCGAAGACCCUGUUUACGGCUUCAAAACGAUCAAAGAGCUCUAUCUCAAGGCCAGCCCAGGCUAUGAAGGCCGCGUGACGGUGCCUGUGCUUUGGGACAAGAAGACGCACACCCUCGUCAGUAACGAGUCGAGUGAGAUUAUCCGCACAUUCUACACCGAGUUCGAUCAUCUGCUUGCUGAGGAGGAUCGCGAAGUAAACAAGCCCGGCGGUGGACUGUAUCCCGAAAACCUGCGGAAAGAAAUUGACGAGAUUAAUGAAUGGGUGUACCACACUGUCAACAACGGCGUCUACAAGUGCGGCUUUGCGUUCACACAGAAUGCUUACGAGGAAAAUCUCGAGCAUUUGUUUCAGUCGCUGGACCGCUUGGAGAAUAUCUUGAAGGACCGGCCUUUUCUACUUGGAGAUCAUAUUACAGAAGCCGAUAUUCGCCUGUUUCCGACCAUUGCAAGGUUUGAUGUUGGUUAUGUGACCGUCUUCCUGUGCAACUGGGGCACGAUAAGGCAUGAUUAUCCAAACUUGCACCUUUGGUUUCGACGUCUUUACUGGGACCGGGGAGAGAGGACGCAUGGGGCCUUUUUCAAUACUACUAAGACUUGGAUUUCGGAGUACAAGAGGGGUUACAGUAAGGGGAGAGCCCGGGUACUGGGCAUCCAAGGGCCCAUCAUCGUUCCAAAAGGACCUCGCGUGCUUGUUCAUGAGUUGCAAGAAAACGAGAGGUUGUAA